CUAAAGUUGAAUCUGCUGCAACUGGAAUAGUACUCUGGUUAAAAUAUGUACAUUUUUAUCUUGGUGCGGCAGUUAUGGCUUGUGCAUGGGUUAAUGUAUACCUUGGAAUACUUCAAUAUGGUCAAAAUUAUAAUACUGACGUUGUUAUAAUCACCUAUAUAUACUUAGCGUGGUUUGUUUUAGUGGCCAUAAUCUAUUUAGUCAGCGAAUUUUAUUACAAGAUCAAAAAUCUACAAUUUUUAUGGCCAACACAAAAUAUGAAAAAUGUACCUAAUAAACGACUUCACAGUAGAAUCCCUCAUGACAUUUAUGAAUCACUUCCUACCUACAAAUGGGAG